AUGUCGCGACCGCUGUCGGACCAGGAGCGGCGGAAGCAGAUCAGCAUCCGCGGGAUCGUGGGGGCCGAGAGCGUGGCCGAGCUGAAGCGGGGCUUCAACCGCCACCUCCACUUCACCCUGGUCAAGGACCGCAACGUGGCCACCCCCCGCGACUACUACUUCGCCCUGGCCCACACCGUGCGGGACCACCUGGUGGGACGCUGGAUCCGCACCCAGCAGUACUACUACGAGAAGGACCCCAAGAGGAUUUACUACCUCUCGCUGGAGUUUUACAUGGGGCGGACGCUGCAGAACACCAUGAUUAACCUGGGGCUGCAGAACGCCUGUGACGAAGCCAUCUACCAGCUGGGGCUGGACAUGGAGGAGCUGGAGGAGAUCGAGGAGGACGCUGGUCUUGGCAACGGUGGUCUGGGCAGGCUUGCUGACGGCAUCUUCAACCAGAAGAUCCGGGACGGGUGGCAGGUGGAAGAAGCUGACGACUGGCUGCGGCACGGCAACCCCUGGGAGAAGGCCCGUCCCGAGUACAUGCUGCCCGUCCACUUCUACGGCCGCGUGGAGCACACUGCCGCCGGCACCAAGUGGGUGGACACCCAGGUGGUGCUGGCACUGCCCUACGACACCCCCGUGCCCGGGUACAUGAACAACACCGUCAACACCAUGCGCCUGUGGUCAGCGCGAGCACCCAACGACUUCAACCUGCGCGACUUCAACAUCGGAGAUUACAUCCAGGCUGUGCUGGACAGGAACCUGGCAGAGAACAUAUCCCGCGUCCUCUACCCCAACGACAAUUUCUUUGAGGGGAAGGAGCUGCGGCUGAAGCAGGAGUACUUCGUGGUGGCUGCCACCCUCCAGGACAUCAUACGCCGCUUCAAAGCCUCCAAAUUCGGGAGCACAGACAGCGUCCGAACUGUGUUCGAUUCCUUCCCUGACCAGGUUGCCAUCCAGCUGAAUGACACACACCCCGCCAUGGCCAUCCCUGAGCUGAUGAGGAUUUUUGUGGACAUUGAGAAGCUGCCAUGGAACAAGGCCUGGGACAUCACCAAGCGAACCUUUGCCUACACCAACCACACUGUGCUCCCUGAAGCCCUGGAGCGCUGGCCUGUGGAGCUGGUGGAGAAGCUGCUCCCCAGGCACCUGCAGAUCAUCUAUGAGAUCAACCAGCGGCACCUGGAUCACAUCGCAUCCCUCUUCCCCAACGACGUGGACCGGCUGCGGAGGAUGUCCCUGAUAGAGGAGGGGGGCACCAAGAGGAUCAACAUGGCCCAUCUCUGCAUCGUCGGCUCCCACGCUGUCAACGGCGUGGCCAAGAUCCACUCCGAAAUAGUCAAGACUCAAGUCUUCAAGGACUUUGCAGCGCUGGAGCCGGAGAAGUUUCAGAACAAGACCAACGGCAUCACCCCCCGGCGCUGGCUCCUGCUCUGCAACCCGGGGCUGGCGGAGCUCAUCGCAGAGAAAAUCGGGGAGGACUACGUGCGGGACCUGAGCCAGCUGAUAAAGCUGCAUGAGUUCGUGGACGAUGACCUCUUCAUCCGGGAGGUGGCAAAAGUGAAGCAGGAGAACAAGGUGAAGUUCGCGCUGUACCUGGAGAAGGAGUACAAGGUGAAGAUCAACCCUUCCUCCAUGUUCGACGUGCACGUGAAGAGGAUCCACGAGUACAAGCGGCAGCUGAUGAACUGCCUGCACAUCAUCGCCAUGUACAACCGCAUCAGGAGGGACCCUGACAAGGUGUUUGUGCCGAGGACGGUGAUCAUUGGGGGCAAGGCUGCCCCGGGAUACCACAUGGCCAAAAUGAUCAUUAAGCUCAUCAACGCAGUGGCUCAGGUGGUGAACAACGACCCCGUUGUGGGGAGCAAGCUGAAGGUCAUCUUCCUGGAGAACUACAGGGUCUCACUCGCAGAGAAAGUGAUCCCUGCCACCGACCUGUCGGAGCAGAUCUCCACGGCCGGCACCGAGGCAUCAGGAACGGGGAACAUGAAGUUCAUGCUAAACGGAGCUCUGACCAUCGGCACCAUGGACGGGGCCAACGUGGAGAUGGCUGAAGAGGCUGGAGAGGAAAACCUCUUCAUCUUCGGCAUGAGGGUGGAGGACGUCACGGAGCUGGACAGGGAAGGGUACAAUGCGCAGGAGUACUACGACCGGCUGCCUGAGCUGAAGCAAGCCAUCGACCAGAUCGCGAGCGGCUUCUUCUCCCCGCAGGAGCCCGACCUCUUCAAUGACGUGGUCAACAUGCUCUUCCACCACGACCGGUUUAAAGUGUUUGCAGACUAUGAGGCUUACAUCAAGUGCCAGGAGAAGGUCAGCGAGCUCUACAUGAACUCCAAGGCGUGGACCAAGAUGGUCAUCAGGAACAUUGCGGCAGCCGGCAAGUUCUCCAGCGACCGCACCAUCAAGGAGUACGCCCGGGACAUCUGGCACGUGGAGCCCUCUGACCUGAAGAUCCCCCCGCCCAACGAGCCCCGCGACGCAGGAGAGGAGAAGACGCCCAACGGGGCGGCGUAG